AUGACUCAUAUCAUCUUACAUAUUCAUUUUAAAGAUCUUUCGAUUGAAAAGAAUGAUAUAUUAGGGAGACGAUUAGUAAUUCUUCAAGUACAAUGUUAUGAUGAUGAGCCAACUGAGCUUGAUAAGUAUAGCAUAAAUAAAUUAUUAUGGAUUAAGUUAGAUUUCAAAUAG